AUGAUGGAGCACCUUCGUAAACCGCCUCGAUAUGUUUUCGCUAGCAUUUUGUGUUCGUGUGGAGGCCUGCUCUUUGGCAUGGAUACUGGAAUCAUUGGCCCUGUGACAACAAUGGAUAGUUUCGUGGAGAAAUUUGGGAAUCGAUCCGCAACAAUACACGGCCUACUUGUGUCUUCCAUACUCAUCCCUGCAGCUAUCUCUUCGUUCUUUGCUGGGUAUCUCGCAGACAAGUUCGGCCGCCCUAAAGGCAUUAGCAUAGGAACCUUGAUCUUUGGUCUCGGUGCAGCCCUCGAGGCUGGAGCUGUCCACGUUUCAAUGUUCGUCGUUGGACGCUGCGUUGAGGGAAUUGGUGAGGGCCUAUAUCUGGGCACACUGGUUGUGUAUAUCUGCGAGAUUUCACCACCAGGUGUCAGAGGGGCUUUGACAACUGGUCCUCAGUUGCUGAUCACCUUGGGGCUUGUGAUAGGAUUCUUCACAUGUUAUGGGACUGCGCGAAUCCAAUCCUCAAUGUCGUGGCGGACACCGUUCCUCAUUCUAGCUUGUCUUUCACUCCUGUUUUCCACAGCCGCGCUUCUCUGGCUCGUCCCUUCUCCAAGAUGGCUCACCAUCCAUGGUCGUAAGGCGGAGGCCAAUGCAGUCUGGGAUCUACUUGGCGUUAGCCACGCGGAGCGCGAAAAGAGCGAGAUAGAACAAGACAGAGGUGCCGUGAUCCAGGGUCCGGUCUCUCAAGACGUGGCCGUAACCAAUGUGACUAGCAUGGAUGGUGCUGUUGCAACUGAAGUUGGCGACCGUUCUAUAGAGCACAAGCUUUUCGAUAUUUUUUCCAAGGAUGUCCGGUCUCGUACAGCCCUGGCUGUGUUUUUGAUGGCAAUGCAGCAGCUCAGCGGAAUAGAUGGUGUUCUAUAUUAUGCACCUUUGCUCUUCGAGCAAGCAGGACUUGCAUCUGCAGAUGCCAGUUUCUUUGCGUCCGGCGUUUCAGCCCUAGUCAUUUUCACCGUGACAAUUCCGGCCCUAAUUUGGGCGGAUAAAUGGGGCCGUCGACACAGCGUCAUAUACGGCGGCGUGGGAAUCAGUCUAACGAUGUUCCUCAUGGGCGCACUCUAUGCAGGAAACGCGGUGCACAGCUCCACCGGUGCGGGUCGCUGGGUCGUUAUUGUCUCCAUCUAUAUCUUCGCCGUGAUAUUCUCCCUCAGCUGGGCGGUUGGAAUCAAGAUCUAUGCGGCCGAGAUUCAGCCACAAAGGACCCGCGCCUCAGCAACGAGUCUAGCGCACGGAAGCAACUGGGCAACGAACUUCCUUGUUGCCCUUACAACCCCGAUAUUGCUGUCUAAGAGUAGCUUCGGAGCAUACUUUCUUUUCGGCGGGUGUUCUUUGAUCACGGCUGCGGUUUGUGCUUUCUAUAUGCCCGAGACCAAGGGCCGAUCAUUGGACGAGAUCGAGGACGCAUUCAAAUCCAGGUCGACAAGUUCUUGGUCUUUCAUGAAGGCUAUCCGACCGCUUUCUCGAAGAACGCCUGAAAAUAUCCGGAUGGCUGUGAUAUGA